UUCACUUACUCUCUUCACUAAUCGUCUUCAUUUCCAUAGUCUUUUAACAACUUCAUCAACUUGUGUCAUUCGCUUGCUCGACAAAACAACUUUUAUCCUUUAGAACUUUUUUUUUUCUCUUAUUGUUCAAAUAUUAUUAUUCUAUUAUUAUUGGUGUUCUUUUUGUUUGUUGGUGCUUUUAGAAAACUUUUAUUAUUCUUCUUAAAACUUCACUUACAAUAUUUAACACUCGCCUCGAGGUGAAGGAGGGGACGACCCCGACAGAGAUAAACACUCAACAACUAUUUCGAAAAAGGUGCUGGACAUUAGGCCAACUUCUCUCUCUCUCUCUCUCUCUCUCUCUCUCACUUCGUCUUCUCUUCUGGUGCCUAACGUUUAUUUUUUGUUCUUUUUGUUUUGUAUUCACGUUCGUGGACUUUUGUUUUCUGUGUGUGUCGUUUUCUCCCUUUCGUACCUUUAUCGAAGUAAAAUAUUCCUCAUGAAUACAAGAGGAUUUUCGUAUACACCUUUUGGUCCCGCUUUAGAUGGACCGAGUAUCCCGAGUUCGGACAGUGAUUCCUCUUCGAGCUACAAGUUAUCAAUAUCUUCCUCUCCUCCACUCUCUUCCUCAACUUUACUUCCAUUACUUUCAUCCAUCAAAAUAACCCCACUUUCCACCUCGUCAUGUAUUAAUGUCUCACCCUGUAAACUUUCCUCACCCUUAACAUCAUCUUUAAAUAUUGGAACUUCCUCAAUUACACCAACAAUUAAAACCAAAAUGGAAGAUGAUUGUUACAGCUCAUCAACAGAGACAACAAUCUGCAAUCUAAAUAGUAGUCACACUUCACCACCAUCAACACCACAACAGCAACAACAACAACAAGCAAAUCUAAAUCAUCACUCUAAUCAGUUUAGAUUUCAAUCAGAAAACAUUCAAAGUCAUCACCAUCUCAACCAACAACAACAACACCAACAGCACCAACAAAACCACCACCAACAACAGCAACAACAACAACAACAAUCUCGUAACAAUCAUCGGCAAUUCACCGAUGUACUUCACGAUUCACUCCAUCAAAACCACCAACAACCUCAACAACCACUACAACAACAACAACACCUACAACACCACCAAACUCAAUUAUCUCACCACUCAAAUUCAGUGAAUAUCAAUAACAUCCAACGGUCAAGCAGCUUCGCUAAAUCGACCCCAUUGACGUGGACAUCGUACACAAAUGACCAGAUAACUUGUGUCUGUGAAGCUUUACUUCACUCGAAAGAGUUCAAAAAGUUGGAAAAUUUUCUCUGGACAAUUCCAGAAACACCUCAGAUCAGUCGCAAUGAAACUGUCCUUCGAGCUCGAGCUCAUGUCGCCUUUUACAGUGCUAAUUACAAAGAACUUUUCCAAAUAAUCGAAAGUUACUCUUUCGAUCCAAAAUAUCACGAUGAACUUUCCAAUCUAUGGUUUAAAGCUCAUUACAUGGAGACCGAGAAAACCAGGAAACGUCCGUUAUGUCCAGUGGACAAAUAUCGAGCUCGAAAAAAACAUCCACUUCCGUAUACGAUUUGGGAUGGAGAGGAAAGGAUUUACUGUUUUAAGGAGAAAUCAAGGUGUAUGCUGAAAGAGUGUUACAAUAAUGACCCUUACCCCAAGCCCGAGGAUAAGAAAAACAUCGCCGAGGCCACUGGACUUACGAUAGUUCAGGUCAGCAAUUGGUUCAAAAAUCGACGACAACGAGAUCAGACAAAGAAAGAGGCGAAAAUGAUUGCCGCUCAUUCAGCCUCGAAAACGAUUCAUGAUUAUUCAGAGAGUUUCCUGUGAUUCUUGAUUGAUUGUUUCUUUUUCAAUUUCUAUUCAACAAUCAAAUUAAUAUCCUUUUCGAUAUCGACAAUUAAUUGUUGAUUAAAUGUUUCUUUUUGUGUAUAUAUACAAUUUUCCAGUCGAUAGUUAAUACCCAAACAAUUAACCUACUGGUUGGUAAAACUUUUCAUUCUCUAAUUGUAGUUAAUUACAAGUGACAAUAGAUUCAACUAAUAAUUAGCCUAAAAGUAUUACGACAACAAUUAAAUAUUGAAAAUUUAACCAAAAA